AUGUCUCGCUCAGCCCGUGCCGAUACCAGAAACCGUGUAAAAGAUGACAUAAAACGAGUAAUGCAAGCUGUCGAAAAGGUUCGGCAUUGGGAGAAGAAAUGGGUCACUAUUGGCGAAACUACUAUGAAAAUAUAUAAAUGGGUACCAAUAUCUACAAAUGAGCAAAAGAAGAAGCAUGCUGCUAGGCAAGAAAAUAAAGAAAAUACUUUGACAACACCGAAAAAAAUUCAUGAUUCUUCCAACUCUAAUUUUGGUAUGGCAGAGGAUUCUAAUACAUGUUUUUCAAUGGUCAGUGAUUCCCAAGGGCCCACAGAUUUCACUACCUCACAUAUGAACUUUUCGGAAGACUCAAAUUCACAGAGUAGUGGUACGACAACGCCAGCUAAACACAGCAGACAAUAA